GGACAAAAUGGCGGCUGCUGUCGAAGUCCGAUGGCCUAACGAGAAGGAUCAGUACGAACUACAAGAGGUGAUAGGGUAUGGUGCGACAGCUGUUGUUCAAGCUGCAAAGUGCAUCCCUCGCAAUGAGCGUGUUGCUGUGAAGAGGAUUGAUUUGGAAAAGUGCGGCGCAAGUAUUGACGAAAUGAUGAAAGAAAUUCGUACCAUGAGCCAGUGCAAUCAUGAGAAUGUUGUGAAUUACUACACAUCAUUUGUGGUGAAGCAAGAACUGUGGAUAGUCAUGAGGUUGUUGAAUGGAGGUUCAAUGCUUGAUGUGAUCAAACACCAGAAGAAACAGGGUCACCUUGUCGAAGGUGUACUUGAUGAGGCUGUCAUAGCAUCUGUUUUGAGAGAAGUUCUAAAGGGUCUGGACUAUUUUCAUAGCCAGGGACUAAUACACAGGGACGUAAAGGCUGGUAACAUUUUGCUGGCUACUGAUGGCACAGUUCAACUGGCUGACUUUGGUGUCAGUUCAGUUAUAAGUGAUUAUGGGGAUAGGUCAAGACCCAAGGUCAGGAAGACGUUUGUUGGCACACCAUGCUGGAUGGCGCCAGAAGUCAUGGAACAGGUUCAUGGUUAUAACCACAAAGCCGAUAUCUGGAGUUUUGGUAUUACAGCCAUUGAGUUGGCCACUGGAAUUGCUCCAUAUGCAAAGUUUCCAGCCAUGAAGGUCCUGAUGUUGACGUUACAAAAUGACCCACCCUCUAUUGACACUGUGGCACAGAACGAAGGCAACAAGGAUAACUACAAAAAGUAUACCAAAAUUUUUAGAAAAAUGAUAAGCAGCUGUUUGGUAAAGGAUCCCGCUCAAAGACCAGACGCUUCUGAACUUCUAAAACAUCAUUUUUUCAAGAAAGCCCGGGAAAAGGAUUUUCUGGUGGAGACGUUGGUCCCGCUAAUGCCUUCUCUCGGUGAAAGAUCUCAAAAGGUAAAGCGAGUCCCAGGCUCUAGUGGACGACUUCACCGAGCUGCCGAUGGCAGCUGGGAGUGGUCUGAUGACGAGGCGAAAAACGACGGUGACAGCGACGGUGAGGGUGACGAUGAAAAAUCAGCAAAAGCAGAUAAUGUCAAGGAAGGUGCACCAAAAUCCGAAGGACCAAAAGUCAACAUUCAACCGUCCACACCGACAUCGCCUAAACCUCCGGCACAAAUCAACUUGGAUCUUACUCUUAGAUUAAGAAAUGCAAAGAAAGAACUGAAUGAUAUCAGAUUCGACUUUACUCCUGGUAAAGAUACUGCUGAGGGUGUGGCACAGGAGUUGGUUUCAGCAGGUUUAAUAAGUGGGCAAGAUUUAGUUGUUGUUGCUGCCAAUCUAAGAAAAGCAAUCGAUGAUCCUCCAAGCAGCAAGUCUAUGACUUUUCCACUUAAAUCAAGUAGUCAUGAACCUCCCGAUGAUAGGACGUUGAUUGGAUUCGCGCAGCUCACGAUAAACUCUUAGCGACGGUGGAACAGCACUAGUAAUUCAAAAAGAAAAGAAAUAUUAAAGUAAUCUAGUUUUGUGGCCCUCACCAUAUUCCAUUUUUUAGCUAUAUUGUUCUCAACAGGAUGUAAGAGAAAUCAUUGGACGAAUUAAGUAGAGAAGAGUUAAUGCAAUCGGAAGAGGAAAUUAACCAAUGGAAAAGCUGCAGCGAGCAGUUAAUCCUUUAAUUCCUAGAAUAGAUUAACAUUUAGCUUCUCCUUUCAAUAUCUAUAAAUAUCUAUAAAUUCAGCAGCAAACAGGUUGUGAAAAUACUCAAACCCAUCAAGCAGAAAUUGUCAUCUUGAUCCAACACCAAAUUCUCGUCGCUAAUUUACACGUUAAUGUGUCGCAGCUGGAGGGGAGAAUUAACAUUCAGACCCUGGGGUCAAAUGGUGCAGAGCCGGCCCAUAAAAUUGUUCUCCUAGAAUGAGAAAGAAACUAAAUUUUUCGCUUGGUCGUCAAUUAAAGAAAGAGGGACAACGGAACAGUUAUGAACUUCCACGAGGAAGAAAGAACCAGUUUCACCAUCUUUCUCCUUUUCCUACUGUAUGUACCUGCACAUAGAUCUGAUCCUAGUGAUGUGCAAGACGUUUGUUGCGUGUGGAUCUGGUAAUAACCUCUUAUUAAACGAAGUCCUAUGUGGCUCAGUGGUAGGGGAAAAUCUGAAGGUUUUGUGGUUCGAUUCCUCAUAGGAACUAAUCAAUUUCUCUUUCUGGGACGCUAGCUACAAAACGGAAAACAUUUUUCUUUUUGACCCCUUUAGUUACAAAAAGGGGCUGUUGCGUAAUAUUUAGCAACAGCACUUGCAAAUGUUGGGGUUCUAUAAAAGGUCCUUUAUGGACUUUGCAAGUUAAAUUGAAAUUUUCAUUGUCUUUUUGUUUUGUUUGUUUGGAUGUUCAAGGGGCAAAUUUCCUCUUGAUCGCUACAACAAAAGAGGGCAUGAUAUUCACUCGGCAGGAAUAUUAUGUGUGGGAAAUGCGUUUAAUGCCUCGAGGACAGUUAAUUGCUUCAUUACCCCUUGGUUCUUUAUGUCUUGUUUCUCUGCGAGUUUGAGCUCUAUUUUGGUAUUCCUUUGUGAACAUCUCCAUACCAGUAGAUCCACACACGAGAACUCGGUCCUUUGGAGGGAAAUAUCAUUCUCGUCUAGCUUUGGCUCCUGAUAGGCAUAAAAGGAAAAUAUCUUGGUUCUGAUUGGUGGAGGCACAAUAAUACACAUUUCAUACUGUCCCUCAUUUGAAAAUCUUUCCUCCUGAACGUUUUCUACUCGUCUUCCUUUGGCUCCUAGUAUGCUCGAAAGGAAAUAUCUUGGUUCUGACUGGUCAAGGCACAGUAAUACACAUUUCGUACUGUUCCUCGUCGAGAAAUCCCUUCUCGUGAACUUCAAGUGUGUGUGAAUUUGUGCUAGUCAUGUAUGCAUAGAUUGGGACACAUUCAAUGCAUUCAUAUGCAACGUGCUAACUUGUCUGAAGUAUAUACCUCACUACUGCUAGAUAAACUGAGCUGGAAAGUAUUUUAUUAAACAAAUAUGAGUUCA